AUGUCAAGUCAAGUUGUUGACCACAUCUUUGACACCGGUUUCUACUGGUUUAAAAAGGCUGAAUCCCUAAAUAAACAUCUAAUAGAAAAGGUGAUUGACCUUGGGACCACUACCCCAAACCAUAAAGCCAUUCCCUUUAAUGAAGGGUCAUCGCAGGCCAACAUCAUACGUGGAGUUUGGAGUCGCCCAAUUGGUAAAGCGGUCUCUUUUUUGGGAUUGAGUGCAAUAGCCAUAUUGAUGUGGCAAUAUGCCGAUGCCAUUGUUCCCCGGCCUGCACAACAUCUUCGACAAGACGAUAAAAGAUGCGUAUUAGUUUUCGGCCACAUGCGGGAUCCCAUCACACGUCAGAUUGUUAUGGACUUGUAUCGGCGCGGGUUUGUAAUUUUCGUCUGCUCAGAACAAGGCGCCACUAAAAAUGACGAUCAAGGCCUGUUCCACGUCACACCACAUGAUCUUCGUAAGGUCAUUGACUAUCUGCGUGAGACUUCGACCGUUUUAUCCUCAAUUUUGGUGGUCCCUAAUUCUGCUUACAAUCCAUCGGGGGCUUUCACGACCCUAUCUUCAAACGUCGUUCAAUCGGAGCUUGAACAGAAUGUGUUCGUCCAUAUGAGAGGUCUAGCAAAGUUUUUGCCUCAAUUGAGUCGCUGUCCGCAAUUGCUGCUGUUGACACCAUCAUUGCCUUUGAAUUACCACAUUCCGCUUCAUUCUCCAGAAGUUUUUAUAGCUGGGUUGAUGGAUUCGUUUUACAAGGCACUCACUUUCGAGUACCCGAAAUCAAGCAUAUACUUAUGCCAUCUAGGCGUACUCAAAAUCGCAGGUAGCUCAAGUAACUACAAACAUCUGCCCGCGAGUGGGUCCAAUAUUGCAAACUCAUUACUUGGCCCGCUAUACGAUCUCAUAGUUUCACAAUCUAGCCCGUGGUUCCGAUUUUGGGAAAUGGUCUGCGGCAACCAACGGUUUUAUGGAAAAUGGAGUAGAUUAGGCUUCUAUUUCGGUGGUUGGAUUCCUUUCCCGCUUUUGAAGUACUUUUAA